AUGCAUCUAAGACUACCAGACCUUCCUCGAUCUGAGGAAGCUCGAGGAGCGCAUAAACACGCAACAAUGGACUUGCUCCGACCACUGGGCCGAAGUCGCAGCUCGUUACGGCCCACAUGGAACGCAUCUAUAAUCUUCAAACCGCAUUUGCAAAAGUACACAAGUCUGUGUACCAAGAAAUCGGCCCCUCAACUCUGCUCCAAAAGCCUCGACUACAAUUUCAGCUGUUGA